CCAUGCCGGCAUCGUUACGUACUGUGAACACUUCACACCAUGCCUGAAUACGCGACCUACCCUUCCCUCCGCGGGAAGAAAGUUCUCGUCACCGGAGGAGCAGAAGGCAUAGGAGCCGCCGCCAUCCUCGCCUUUGCAGCUCAAGGCGCUCAAACCAUCAUCCUCGACAUCUCAACAGAGUCUGCAACAGCGUUGAUCGAACAGAUCCGCAGUCUCGGCCAUCCGAUCCCAGAUUUCCACCAAUGCGACGUCACAGAUCUCAGCCGCUUGAAAGCCAUCGCCGACGAAGUCCUCGCCAAGCACGGCGCCGUCGACGUCCUGGUCAACAAUGCCGCUUCAGCUGGAGGCCUCGCCCGAGCAGCGACGGAUGAAGUCACGCCGGAGAUCUGGGACUUCAACAUCGCCGUAAACCUUCGCCAUCAGUUCUUCCUCUCGCAGUACCUAGCUCCCGCGAUGAGAAAGCAGAAAAGCGGCAGUAUCAUUAAUAUGGGCAGUAUCACUUGGAGGAUUCCUGCAGUGGGAUUGCCGGUGUACACGACUUGCAAAGCGGCAGUGCUGGGACUUACGAGGACGCAUGCGAAGGAGUUUGGGGUGGAUGGGGUGAGGGUGAAUUCUAUCAUGCCUGGAUCGAUUGCUACGGAGAGGCAGAAGAAGGAGGUGUUGACGAAGGAGUAUGAGGCUUGGACCAUGGAGGCGCAGAUGAUUAAAAGGGUUCUUGUGCCAGAGGAAGUGGCGAGGGUGAUUUUGUUUCUGGCGAGUGAUGACGCUAGUGGAGUGACAGGGAGUAGUUAUGUGGUUGAUGGAGGUUGGGUUGGAGAUCCAUGA